AUGGAACACCGCGUCGGCACCGUCGUGACGAUAUUCUGUCUGGUACGCCUUUGGUCGGCUGGUCAGACUGAAUUUCCCAUCAGCAUCGUGGAGACGAGAAUCCGUUUGAAACGCCGGUUGUCGGCUGAUCGGAUGGAACUUCGCAUCGGCAUCGUCGAGACGCGGAUCCGUCUGGUGCACCGCAGUAGGCCACGAUUUUACGGCGGUUGUAAGCUUUAGGCAAAUUCGAGUCGUUCUUCCACUAAACCAUAGUCACCAACGAUCGCCUAAUGAGCCUUCGCCUGUCUCUCCGGGGAGGCAAAUUCGCCACCAUCAUCAGCGCCUACGCUCCGCCGAUGAGCAGCCCCGACGCCGCCGCCGCCGCCGCCGCAAGAGACAAGUUCUACGAGGACCUGCACGCCCUCUUGGCGACUGUGCCGAAGGCGGACAAGUUGAUGGUCCUUGGUGACUUCAACGCCCGCGUCGGCACAGACCAUACUGCCUGGAGAGGAGUGCUGGGUCCCCACGGUCUCCGCGGCUCAAACGACAAUGGUCUGCUGCUUCUCCGCACCUGCGCAGAACACCGCCUCAUCCUGACGAACACGUUCUUCUGUCUGCUGGAGCGAGAGCAGGCCACCUGGUGGCAUCCUCGAUCGCGUCAGUGACACCUGCUGGAUUAUGUCCUCGUCCGGAGGCGAGACCAGCGGGAUGUGCUGGUGACGAAGGCGAUCGCGGGUGCUGACGGGUGGACCGAUCAUCGCCUCGUCAUCUCGAAGAUGCGUAUUCGCCUACAGCCUCGCAGGAGACCGCAAGGUAAGCGACCCCCAGGUAAGCUGAAUGCUGCCUUGUUGCCUUUGCCCGCUCACCAUCUUCAUUUCAGAAGUGAGCUAGCUCAACGACUAGACAACCUCCCAACCACUGCCGCUGGCGCCGCGGACGCCGCCGCUGCCGAGAACGCCUUCUUGGAGGAGCGAUAG